AUGAUGGAAGUGGACAGUGUCCAUUCUAUAAUUGAGCAGUACAUCAAACCCCCUAUUUAUGCAUCCAGCGAUUACGUAACUCGAAUGCUUCAGGCUAGCCCGAGAAACGCUUACGUUGUCAAGUCAAUGGACUAUGACUUCUUUCUAAAUUACGUAGACCUUGAUUCUAAUUUCAAAUCUAUAAGACACGGAAGAAAGAAGGGAGAUCCGGUUGUAGUAAAUAUACGAGGGCUCAAGUAUCUACCAGAUGGAUCUGUCUUAUAUAAGUUGCGACACAUCGAUGAAUGGACCAUGAUACCGCAGCGAAGAGUGUGA